AUGUGCAGUGCUAGGAACAGCAAAGAUACUGCGCAGAACCCUCAAGCUCCCUGGCCUCUGGUAGAGGACCCGAGCUUAGAGAGGGAUAACCGCCCGCGGAGGGCCAAAGCGUCUCCCGUGGGCUCGCAUUGGAGGGCCGCGUGGAGGUUCCCGUGGAGGUCCCGUGGAGCUAGCCCCAGAACCCCGACCCCAGCCUCCUCCUCCCCCCCGCCACGGCUGCUGCUCCAUCGGCCCUCAUCCAAAGCAUCCCCCCUCUUCUCUCCAGCCAUCAUGUCUCGGCGAAAACAGCCCAACCCGAACAAAGUUAACCACGAGAUGGAAACCGUUGACCAUCUGAGAGACAUGGACCCCCCAUACGAAAUUAUGAAUGGCGAAACAUUAACAAACGGAGGAACGGAGGUGGAACUUGAGACCAGGCCCGAGACCAGGCCCGAGACCAGGCCCGAGACCAGGCCCGCAGACGCAGACCUGUCCUCCAUUAAUGAGAUGAUGUCAGCGGUGAUGUCGUCGUCCGUCAUGUCUCCGUCGACCAUGAAUGGAGAUGGGGAGGAGCCAUGUGAGAACGCAGCGUCUGCGAACUCCGGUGGAGCCACACCCAGUCCAUCUCCGUCGAAAACGCUGACGUCAGCCAUGAGAGCGCCCCCGAGCAGGAACCAGCGGCGCACCACGGACUCCAAAGACGACAAUGCCUUUGUAUGUCCACUGUGCGACAAAAACUGUGGUUCUCAGCACCAGCUCACCAUGCACAUCCGACAGCACAACGCUGACACCGGAGCAUCCGACCACAGCUGCAGUAUCUGUGGGAAGUGUCUAAGCUCCGCCUCCAGCCUCGACCGCCACAUGUUGGUGCACAGCGGCGAGCGACCGUACAAAUGCUCAGUGUGCGGGCAGACCUUCACCACUAACGGCAACAUGCACCGACACAUGAAGAUCCAUGAGAAGGACCCAGCGUCUGGUCUGAUCCUCCUUAGUCCUGAGCCCAGCCCCACCAAGAGGAGGCGCCCCAGUGUGAAGAGGAGAGAAGAGGAGGAACCACCCAGCAAGAAGAUUUCGGAAAACUCGUCAGUGGAGGACUCUGCGUCUCCGGUCAAACUUCAGGAGGAGGAACUUCAAUGUCCGAUCUGUUUUAAAGUUCUGACGUCGAGACUUGAGCUCGAUGAGCACAUGGACUCGCACCCGGACACUGCGCUUAGGUGUGACUCAUGCUGCCUCACCUUCCGGACUCACCGUGGUCUCCUCAGACAUAAUGUGGCAGUGCAUAAGCUCCUCCCCCUGGACCCGAGUGGUCGUCCCUUUAUCCAGAACAACCCCUCAAUCCCUGCAGGCUUCAACGAGCUCGCCUUUAUCGACUUCAGCUGCGGAAAGUUCAGCCUCAUCGCCCAGGUAUGGUGCGAGACCAACCUGCGACGCUGCAUUUCCAAAUUCCACCGCUUUGUGUGUGACUCAUGCGACCGAGCGUUCCCCCUGUCGACCGCUCUGGAGCUGCACCACUGCGACAAGAGCAACGCUAACAGCUAUGCUAAUGACAUACGAGCUAACGGCUACACUAACGAACACAAAGACCUUGUCAACGGAGGGGAGGAGCUACACCAUGGCUCUGAUGAAGAAGCUGAUGAGGCCAACGGAGGGGAGGAGCUAGAGAUCCAGAAGGAACCGGAGGAACAAGAGGGGUUUCUGGAAGCGCUGGGACUAAAACUAACGUCUAAGGUCCCAGUUGGUCCCUCAGAGGCUGACCUAGUCCAGGCUCGUCUCGACAGUAUCAAGUCGAUCCCAGUGGAUCCUUCGUCUCUCCACACAGAGGCACUGUCUCUGGGGCUCGCUCUGGGCGUUCCACUGUUCCCGACUGGCUUCCUGCUCACAGAGGGUGGGGCCACGGGUUCAGAGGGUCCGCCUAUCUCAGGACUGCAGCACAUUCUGCAAGUGACUGCAGCGACGCCCAAUCAGAUUGCUCUAAGCAUAAAGGGCGGGGCCACAGGUCAGAAGCCCCUAAAGCCUCGUCCCCUCCCUCCCACCCGCUGUGGCCUGGCCUCCACCCCUCCCCCACCUCAGCAGGCCUCUCUGGGAUGCAUCAGUCCUUCUCUCCCCCCUCCUCCUCUUUUUAAGAGCCUGUGCUCCUCCCCCUCCAUUUCUCCCUCUGUGUCUCCUCCUGGGGGGACCUCAGUCUCCCCGGACGACUCACCGAGCCGAAAGCCCACCCCCCGGGGACCGCUCUCCUGCCGGUUCUGUGCGCUCAGCUUCUCUCACUCAGCGCUGUUGCAGGCACACCAGCGGCUGCACCUGGGCGUUCUCCCGCAUCAGUGUAACAUCUGCGAAUAUGUGGCGCCUGACAAAGCCACGUUGAUCAGACACCUGCGCACGCACAGCGGCGAGCGGCCAUACGUCUGCCGCGUCUGCCACUACCCCUUCACCGUCAAGGCCAACUGUGAGCGCCACCUGCGCAAGAAGCACAAUAAGACGUCACGCAAAGACAUCGAGAAGAAUAUCAAGUAUGUGACGUCUACGGCCACCAACAACAUCACUGCUGCUCUCACUGCGGCUGCUGCGACUGUGGCCAAGGCGCAGGCUGAGGAGGCAGAGACUCUGUGCCGUUUCUGUGGCGAGGACCUGAAGUCGUACCGCGCCCUGCAGAUCCACCUGCGCACACACAACGGCUGCCAGCGCAAACCAUACGAGUGCCGCCGCUGCGGUGCCGCCUUCCUGGCCAAACGGAACUGCAUCCACCACCUUCUGAAGCAGCACCCCGAGGUGGAGGAACGCGAGAUCGAGGAGCACAUCCACACGCUGCAGCCGGUCACAGGUGCAAUUGCGGCUAAUCACGUCGAAACAACUGAAGCUAACCCUGCUAAACCAGCAGGUGUUAACGCUAACCUCUCCGCUAACAACAAGGCACUGAAUGGGCUGCAGCCGGUGAAACUCGAGGCCCCGCCUUCCUCAGACCUGGACCAGCCGUUGGACUUCUCAGCGAAAGCUCGUGUGGGCGGAGCUCUAUUUGGGGUGAAGCAGGAAAUAGGAGGUGACGGCGACGAGCCCAUGGACCUGUCAGUGCCGAACAAACGAGUCAAGAAGGAGACCAGCAUGGUGACGUGCUUUCUGUCCACUGGCCCUGCCCCUUCAACUGCCCCCACCCCCUCGUCUGCUGGGCCCGCCUCAUCUGGCCCCACCCCUUCCUGUCUGCGUGCUGCUCGUCUAAAGCCCCUCCUCCCGAAGCCUUCAUCGGCAUCGUCUUCCUCAUCUGAGCUGCCACCGCUCGCGUCCAUUGCUCAAAUAAUCAGCUCUGUUUCCACUGCAACCGACAUGCUGCGGCGAGAGGCGGUGGUUGUCGCCAAGGCGGGUAGUGCGGAGGCAAAGGUGGAACCUGAGAGGGAAGUGUGUCAAGUGGACGACGAUCCAACCAGGAAGCGUCCUCGGAAGAAGCCGGGACCCAGGGGCCCCGCAGCCCUCGACCUGGAGUCCAGCGGGGAGUUCGCCAGUGUGGAGAAAAUGCUAGCAACAACCGACGCUAACAAGUUUAGCCCGUUUCUCCAGAGUGCCCAGAGCGCUGCACUGAGCACCAAGAGAGAAGCCACUGUGCUGCCGGAGCAGAAACCGAAAGAGGAAUUGAAACCGUCUGCUCCAAAAGGAAAGAAGAAUGCAUACUCCAACUCUGCUCAGAAGAUGACGUGUCCCUACUGUCCUCGGGUCUUCCCCUGGGCCUCGUCCCUGCAGAGGCACAUGCUGACACACACAGGUCAGAAGCCGUUCCCGUGCCCGAAGUGUGACGCUUUCUUCUCCACAAAGUCUAACUGUGAGCGCCACCUUCUGCGCAAACACGGCGUCACCAAUAGGAGCCUGCGCAAGAAUGGAGCAGUGCUAAAGAAGGAGGAGGAGGAGAGGGAGAGCACAGGGUCCCAGUCUGAAGCAGAGGCCCUUCUUCCUGACGCUGACCCAAACCCAGAGCCUCCUGCUGUCCAAUCAGAGGCCCAGGGGGAGGAGUUUGCAGCUGUAGACACCACCCACAACACCACACAAGACGGAGCAUUGUCAGAGGAGAGCGAGUCCCCUGCACAGCCACAGGAGGCACUGGAGAGCAGCGGCAGCGAGGCUCUGGACAGCAGUGCAAAGAGUGAAAUCACAGACGACGACGACUGUCACAGCAAUAAGAGUCUUGACCUUAAUUUUGGCCGAAAGCUCAUUGACUUUAAGCUCAGUGCUGCCCCCAGUGGCUCUGCGCAGGAACAGCAUCCUCCCUCUCUGUCCGCAAACACAGCCACCUGCCCUAAUGAUGCAAUUGUGGAUGCUAAUGUCGAUGAUAACUGCGCUAGCGCAGAUACUAAUGUGGACGAUGCCUUGAAACACGCGUGCCACGUCUGUAACAAGAGAUUCCGCUAUGCCACAACUCUAGCUAGGCAUGAGAAAGUCCACGCCCCCGAGGAAGGCCAUACCCUCGAGGAAUGUCAAACCCCCGACUACACAGACCACGCCCUUGACGACUCCGAUCACAACCCUAACAACACAGGCCACUCCCCCGAAGAACCAGACAACGACGAAGCGGCGAGAGAGAGCGAGGAGCUGACGUGUGUGGCUGAAGAAGCGCAGAUGGAAGAGCUGGAGGAUAGAUGCAACAGUGCGGACUCGGAAGAGCACGAGGAGAGCGAGGCCUACAGCUCCGACUGCGACACAGAGGAGAGGGAGGGGGAACGGAGCGACGAUGAUAUAACUGAGGGCCGGGGCCAGGUGCAACCAGGGGGCGGAGCCAGAGUUGAUAAACGCAAGAAGAUAUGCAAUGUGUGCGGGAAGCGUUUCUGGAGUUUACAAGACCUAACGCGGCACAUGAGGUCACACACGGGAGAACGUCCGUACCAGUGCUCCACCUGCGAGAGAACCUUCACCCUGAAGCACAGUCUGGUCCGACACCAGAGGAUCCACCUGAAGCCAAGAACUGGAGAGGAGCUGGAGGGAUUUCAGGCUGGAGAGGAGGUGGAAGAAAUGGAGGGAUCGCAAAAUGGUGAGGAGAUGGAAGAAACUCAGACUGUAGAAGUUCUGGAAGGACUUCAGGCUGGAGGAGAGACGGAAGACCUGAGCCCCACAGAAGAGUCCAAGUCUACAGACUCCAUGCCAGCGCAGAAUGAAAGCAUAUCCAAGGAGGCAUCUCAAGAGGCCACAUCUGCAGAGGCCAACAUAACGGAAUCCAUGGAGAUAUCGCAAGAAUUCUCAUCAGUAGAGGUUGAUGGACAAACCAUGGAGAUAUCAGAAGAACCUUUUUCUGCAAACAACAAAGGGGAAGCUGAGGAUGGAGUGGAUGAGGCCAAUUAUGAGGAGCCUUUGCACAUUGAGAACGAGAAGGCAUCCAAGGCAGAAGAUCCCAACAAACUUAUGGAGGAAACAUCUGACCAGCCACGAGACCUGGACAAACCGUCAGUAUCCCAAACGCAAACCGCUUCAGAAAACUCCGAUAUCUGUAUUAUAGAAGCCGAAAAGGAAAGCGACGGUGACAAAAUCUUGGUUGAAAAAUCCUUAGUAAAAGUUCCCAUGAUGGGGGACCACUCGGCCGACAAAGCCCAGAUACAGAGCUCUGAAGCUGGGUGCACGGAUCCGGAGCAGGCCCCUCUUCUGGAGCCUCUUCUCGCACCAUGA